CACAAACAUUCGCACUGGACGAAACAUGAAGACUUUCAAUCUGAGCGUUCUACUGAGCCUGGCAGCCGCAGUUUACUGCAUGCCAAUACAGCAGGUUACUGUUCAGGAUGAACAGUUUGCAGAGAGCUACCUGAGAAAAUUCUUCAACCUAACGGACGAGACCGGCCCGACUGUCAGACGGGGGAUGAGCCCGAUGAUCAGGAAGUUGAGUGAAAUGCAGAAAUUCUUUGGUCUCCAGAUCACCGGGACUCUGGAUGCUGACACCUUGGCGGUGAUGAAGAAGCCACGCUGUGGCGUUCCAGACGGCCACAUCGGCGAGUUCUCCACAUUUGGAAAUGGCCACAAGUGGCGCAAAAACAACCUGACCUACAGGAUAGAGAACUACACACCUGACAUGUCUGUGUCAAAGGUUGAAGACUCCAUAGCGAAAGCUCUGCAGGUCUGGGCUAAGGUCACUCCUCUCAGAUUCACGAGAAUCUACAGCGGCACCGCUGACAUCAUGAUCUCCUUCGGCCGCCUGUCACAUGGUGAUUUCUACCCCUUUGAUGGCCCUGGUCGCACUCUUGCUCACGCCUUCGCCCCAGCCCCCGGCCUUGGAGGAGAUGCUCAUUUCGACGAAGACGAGACCUUCACUUUCCGCUCAAAUGCUGGCAUCAACCUCUUCAUUGUGGCUGCCCAUGAAUUUGGCCACUCCCUGGGUUUGUCCCACUCUAGUGAUCCCGGGGCUCUCAUGUACCCUACGUACUCAUACAGAAACCCCGACACCUUCGUUCUGCCUCAGGACGAUGUCAGCGGCAUCCAGUCUCUCUAUGGUCCAAACCCUGACAGAGAUCCUAAUCAGCCCGAUCCCAAGCCCCCCACCACCCCCGAUGCCUGUGACUUAAACAUGGUCCUGGAUGCCGUCACCACCCUGCGCGGAGAAAUGCUCUUCUUCAAGGACAGCUUCCUCUGGCGUAGCUACCCUCAGAGCAGCACACCACAGCAGAGUCUCAUCACAAGCUUCUGGCCCGACGCCCCCGUCAACAUCGACGCUGCUUAUGAAAGCCGAGAGCUAGACAGUGUCUUAGUCUUUAAAGGUAGUAAAGUUUGGGCUUUCAGUGGAUAUGAUAUUGUACGUGGCUAUCCUAAACCGCUUUCCAGCCUUGGUCUCCCCCAAACCGUAAAGAAAGUGGAUGCGGCCCUCUAUGAUGCCUCCUCUGGCAAGACUCUGUUCUUCGUUGGCAGAAAUUACUACAGUUACGAUGAGGCCAGAAAGACCAUGGACCAGGGAUUCCCCAAGCCGGUGGAUCAGACCCUCCCCGACGUGACCGGCAAGGUGACUGCGGCUUUCCAGUACAGAGGUUUCACCUACAUCUACAGUGGAUCCUACAUGUUUGAGUACAGCCUGAGGAGCAAGAGGUUGUUCCGUGUGCUGAGGAACAGCUACUUCCUGCGCUGCACUAACUUCUAGACCAGUUUACUAGCCAACCAGCGUUAAAAAGUCUAUAAUAUAUUAGAGUAUAUUUAAUAAUAUAUGAUUACACACUUAGGGGGUAUAUGCUGGUUAUAUGGCCUUCCUGAGAACAGCACCUUUUUAUUAGCCAUUGCUAUUUUAAGUGAAUACAAUUCUAUUCAUAUAAUAUUCAUUGUUUCAGUAUUGCUUUUGCCCUUUGUAUUACUUUUUGAUUUGUGUUUCAAGAAGUUUAACUGUGAGAAUUUGGAACAUGUUACAUACAUUAAUUCACAUAUUGUUACAAUUAAUUGCGCAUGCGUAAUUAAUAAUUGUGACACAGCUUAUGAAUGUUUGUAUGUUCAUGAUAAAAAAAAAAUGUGAAAAGAGAUUGGCAUUAUGAAUUAGCAAAUAAAAAAUGUUAAAGGAA